AUGGUUGGGUUGAGAUUGGAGGCCAACAAACCUGGUAUGCUUAGCGGUGCCUCUCUGCCAUUAAUAUCCAAGCUAGUAGAAAAGAAAAUGUCAGGCGAGAAUUUCAUGGACGAGAUGGAAGAGAUUGAUUGUGGGAGCUUCUUUGAUCACAUUGACGACUUAAUCGAAUUCCCUCCCGUCAACGACACCUCUCUCAAUUCCCUCGACUGUAACGAGUUUCCCAACAUGUGGACCAACAACUCCGACGACUUGCAGGUCUCCGACCCCAUCUUCUGCGGCAGCAAUAAUGAUAGCGCCUCCGCACUGUCGGCAGAGCUUGCUGUUCCGUAUGAGGAUAUUGUCCAGCUGGAAUGGCUUUCAAAUUUUGUGGAAGAUUCCUUUUCUGGUGGUGGAUUGACUAUUCCGGUGGCGGCACACCACCAAUUCCAGACCACCAGUCCUGUCUCAGUCCUUGAGAGCAGCAGUAGCAGCAGCAGCAGCUCCAGCUCCUCCACCUCUGGUGGCGGCAAGAUGAUUCCGUUCAGCCCAAUUCAACGUGGGCCUCAACGGGCCCGAACCAAACGUCCCCGGCCCACAACUUUUAACCCUCGUGCCAUGAUUGAACUUCUCUCUCCUCUUCUUCUUCUUGCCCCUGUUUCUUCCGAAUCUGAAAACAAUUUUGUGUCUGAUCAGAAGACGAAAAAGAAGGUGAAAAGGUCCAAGAUCCAAGCGGGCCUACCAACCGAAAACCAAAUUCAGUCGGGUCAGGGAGUGAGAAAGUGCUUGCAUUGUGAAAUUACGAAAACGCCCCAAUGGCGGGCUGGCCCGAUGGGCCCGAAGACCCUGUGUAAUGCGUGCGGUGUUCGGUACAAGUCCGGGCGGCUGUUCCCGGAGUACCGCCCGGCAGCUAGUCCGACUUUUGUUCCGACACUGCACUCGAACUCCCACAAGAAGGUGGUGGAGAUGAGAGUCAAAGGUGGGCCGAACGAUGUGAGGGAGUCAGAACCAAAACCAGAACCAGAACCAGUACCAGUAGCAGUAUCAUCAGUAUCAGUACCAGUAGCAGAGCCGAAGCUAAUUGGAUAUAUGAUGUCUCAAGCGGAUUAGAUUUAAAUUUAAAGAAGGGGUUUGGAGGUUAUAUUUGUUAUUUGAGUUUUUUAGUAUGAUUUGUUUUGUUGAUUGUACAGGUGUUGAAGGGUUAUAUUUAGGUGGUAGAGAAAGUAGAGGGGGUUUGAGUAUAAGAUUAAGGAGUAGGGGUUUAGGGGGAGGGGGAAGGAGAGGGAGAUGGAGUCAUAUUUUUAAUUUGUUUGUUAUAUUGGUGUUUUUGCAGUUGAUAAUAGUCCUGAGAUGAGAUGAGAUGAGAUUAGGUUCAAGGAUUUUGUGAUGUUUUCUUCCAAUUAUUUCUAUCUUUUUGAAGCAAAAUUUUGUCUUUUUUUUUUUGCUUUGUUGUGUUGUUGUAUGUGUAUUUGUACUUUCUUUUUCUUGGUAAAAGUUGUUUAAAACAUUCCAAAUUUUUUAUGUGAAUCGAUAACGUAUAACGGGGAUAAUGGGGGUGUGAGAUUUUGAAAGAUAUUUGUAUGACUAUUCAUGUACUCAUCCCUUUGUGUUGUGGGAGGAUCUCAAGUAUGAAUAUGUACAUUUGUGAGCAUACAUACAUGCG